CAUGCACCAACUUGUGAGUCAAGUGAGAACUUGGAAUAACAUCAGGAUAUGUUAGGCCUUGUAAAAAAUGGUUCCUGAUUUACGAUGUGUGUACAUUUUUGGAGAAGGACCUCUUGCGGAGGAAAAGCCACCAAAGGACUAACAUAUUGAUUGCCCCGGUCAAGUAUUGAACGCAUUUCGUUAACUCGAUUUAAAUCAAACGCCACAUUUCCCACAACCAAUUCAAGCAAUUAUGAACUCGAAUUCCCCUCAUAAUUUAAUCAAAAUCUGUUGAAAUGGCCGUCUUACGUGUCGAAAAGUCCUUUGUCUUUUAAUUGAUUUUCCGUAUGCCGCGCUGUCAGGGGGUUGCGUACCCUCUUUGGUGUGUGUUAAACCGAGAAGUUUAUAAAACCACGCGCCAAGCACAGUUUUAAAUGCAAUCAUUUUGAAGGAAGAGUGAAUACAUGUUACCAUGAAUGUACCAACGGCUUAUCUUCUCGCUUUCUUAUUGGCUUUCGACUACAGUGUUGGAGAAGACUAUUCGAAGUUUUUCGAUGGCUUACCAAACGAAAUACAUUCAAUUAAGGACAGGGUUUCCAAAAACAGAUUUAAACGCACCGUUGCCGAGUUAAGUCAAAGAGUUGUUGGAGGGAUUGCAGCAGAGGAAAAUAAGUUUCCCUGGAUUGUUUACUUUCACGCCAUCUCUAAGAAACGAAGAAAUGGCUCUGAUGAAUAUGGAUCAGUGACAAAUUUUUGUGGCGGAUCUCUGAUACACUCCAGAUGGGUCCUCACAGCUGCUCACUGCCUGCCAAGCGGAGAACAGACCUCAAAGGUCUGGGUCUACAUCGGAAACAUAUUCUCACACAUAAAUAAAAGAAAGCAUAGCGAGAAAAUAAAGGCGAAAGCUAUUUUCAUUCACCCGAAGUAUGCUGGUACGGGGUUUAAAGGUGCUGAUCUUGCCCUUUUGUACUUAUCGCGACCGUCGAAGCACCAGACUAUUCGGCCCGCCAUGUCGCCGGCGGACGAUGAAUGGAGCCGACCAGGGACAGAAGCGGCGGUAGCAGGCUGGGGGUCAACAUCGACAUCAUCAAAAGACCUGUCACGUGUUUUAAGAUACGCGAAUGUCAAGGUUAUUCCCAGAUCUCGUUGCAACCACCCAAAGUCAUUCAACAACUCGGUCUUGUCUGAUAUGAUAUGCGCGGCUGGUCGAAACCGGGAUGCGUGUUACAGUGAUAGUGGCGGGCCUCUCAUGGUAAGGACCGGGUGCGGAAACAAAGAUUCCUGGGUACUUGUUGGAGUAGUGUCCUGGGGAAGAGGAUGCGCAUUGGCUCAGUAUCCAGGUGUCUACGUGAAAGUUUCUGAAUAUGCUAGCUGGAUUUAUGACAUCAUCAACCCAGGACGCAACAGCAAGCAUUACAACAACUGCUGUUUUUGCUCUGCGAAGGCUGUUCUUCAUUUAAGAAAUGGAAUGAGAAAACGAAAAAAGAAGGUUACAAUAUCUGAUGAUAUGAUAUCUUUGCCAUACGGCCCCCCUGGGCCAAGGGGGCCUUCAGGACCUCAAGGGGAGCCUGGUACGCCUGGAGUACCGGGGGCUCGUGGAGAGCAAGGCUUACCUGGAAGAGAGGGACCUCCUGGCCCACCUGGAGGAAGAGGUCGCGAGGGGUCUCCUGGUAAGCCGGGCCUUCCUGGCCCACCUGGCAGAUUGGUUGGCCUUAACGGUAAAAGCUAUCCGACUUUGGACGAAUUACUUGAUCUUGCUGAUGAACUCAAGAAUCUAAAAGGUCAGCUCCAGGACAUGAUUAGACAAACAAAGCUUGGCCGCACUAAAGACUUCCCUGCACGAUCGUGCAAAGAUCUUCGCCGACAAUCAGAAGGCCUGCUCAAUUCCGGGAGGUACUGGCUGUCACCUAAAGAUGACGGUCUUCCCUUUGUUGGUUAUUGUGACAUGGAUACGGAGCAUGGUGGCUGGACCUUGGCCUACAGCUACACUUUCACUAAUUUCCAGAAGUUCCGUGGCUCAGACAACACGAUCACACCAGUACCAUCCUGGAGCAAAACAACGAAACCAAGGGACCAUUCUAUCACUGUCUCUACUAAAGCACCUCAAGAAUUACACGAUUACGGAGCCAUUGACUAUUCUUACUGGCAAUUCCUUGGCAAGGAGAUGUUAAUAAAAUCAAAUAUUAAUGAUUGGCUAAUUUGCAAGUCGAAAACGAACGCAACGAUAUUUGAACCGGUAGACAAACGUCAGAGGUACGUCUACUACCCAGUUAAUUGUCGGAACAUAAAGGAUGUUACUGUCAAAUGUGAUCAAAAUGCACCGGACACAUUAGUUUGGACUGAGUUCGGGCUGUCCCUUAUUGUUUUCAAGAGGCGGUUUUUACGAGGGACGUUUUAUAGUUGGGAUACGGAACGGACCGGUUGGCCGGUUCAUGAUCCGUGCGCAUCGACGAGACAGAAACACAACAAAGUGGUGUCCCAACCAUUUGGUGCCAUUUUUAUCAGGUGAUUUGCUGGGGUGGUAUCGUCCAGAAAUGUUUCAAAAAUCAUCAACAUAAUAUAAUUGCGCAGAUAGAUUCAAGCAUUUAUAUCAUUCCGGAGGAUCAAGAUGUAACGCCCGCCAUGAUCGAACCGAGCGAUGUUGCUGAACGAUCAAUGGCACAUUCUUGUGCGUCACCCCCGGUAUAAAGAUAGGUGUGUCAAUGAAAGGAUACAACACAGGGGUCUUAAACUUUGAUCCUCCCUCCGCCGACGAUCAAGCAGUAUACAGCAUUGGGAUAUAUCGAAGUCGACAUUUCGGUUAACUUUUUUAAGUUUUUGUCACCUGCUUUUAUUCAAAUCAAUAGACGCCAGAUACAACAAAUAUUUUUAAAUAGCAAAGUUUUUUUUAAAAAGUCUUAAUGCUUUUGCUUUUUUAUAUGUUAAUGAUUGUCUCUUUUUAAAUACGCUUUAUUUAUAGUAUUCCGUUCAGUUUUUUCCCAUUCUUCGAGAUCGUUUUCAUAUUUCAUACUGGCGUUCGUUGGUGAAGCUGUUGCUCUGUUGUAUUAGCCCCUCCCCCUAUCUCAAAAUGAGUUUCACCUGCUUUAUCAUAAUUUAUUCAUCGUUGUUCUGAAACUGCGACUUAUUCAUUGGCAUAUUUGCGUUGAAAAAGUAUCACUUCUACAGUAAAGAAAACCAGUCGAUUCGAUUGUAAUAUCAAUACUUUUUACUAUUGGUAUUGCAAAGACUUUUUAUUUAUUCAGACAAAACAAAUUUUUGCAGUUCUGAACUUGCUGCAGAAUAUUAGCCAGUGGCAUUAGAAAGACCCUCUUAAGCUUCGAUAUUAAAGUGAACUGCUUUUCUGUAUGAUGAGGCUCAUCGACCCCUUUUGAUGUUGGUUUUUACCACAAUGUGUAUAAGCAGAUACAAUUAAUGGAAAACAAUUACAACCAAAAGCAGUUUCGUAAGUAAAAUUCUAAUAAAUAACUUUUCAUUCCGUCAUUUUAGUAUCUGAAUUUUAUAGAUAUUUUGAAUUUCAUAAUAUUUGCGUGUUUGAAGUGGCGAAUAAUGUAAAUAUGCAUUAAAUAUAUAAAUAUAUAUGUUAUACAUUUUUAAUAUUUGCUA